AUGGAUAACAACGAAGUGAAGGAAGAGAUUUUUGAAACUUCUACUCCUCUGCCUUACUUUCCCCGAGAAGACACUGUCACUGUAAUCGAUCUCUGCAGCAGCGAUGAUUCCGACGUUGAGGAAAACGCCGAUCGAUUCGAGGAUUCAGGGAGCGCCUACCCGAACUAUAAUUCUGGAAAUCCCACCGGAGCGAAGAGAGCAAGAGAUUCUGCGUUUGGAGGUUCAUCGGAAGUGGACACGAAUCAUGCGAAGAAGCUAAAUGUGGAUGAGCUAGCAGUCGUAUUGCCCGAAGGAUCCGGCCAAUCGAUUCCGCCGGCUGAUGGGACCCACGCUAUUCCGGCGGAUCCAUGCAAUGUCUUCAGACCUACUCCGCCGCAGCCUCCGCCGUCCAGUAGGACUGGCAGUUGUAAGCAGUUCUGGAAAGCUGGAGACUAUGAAGGAGUAUCUGAUGGCAAUUGGGAUAUUACUUCAGGUGGCCUUGAUCACGUAAGAGUCCAUCCAAAGUUCUUGCAUUCUAACGCAACCAGUCACAAAUGGGCUCUUGGAGCUUUUGCAGAGCUUUUCGAUAAUGCUUUUGAUGAGGUUGCCAGUGGAGCUACUUAUGUUAACGUAGACAUGCUCGAAAACAAGAAAGCAGGAAACAGGAUGUUACUAAUUGAAGAUAAUGGUGGUGGGAUGGGUCCUGAUAAAAUGCGGCAGUGCAUGUCUCUCGGAUACUCUGCAAAAAGCAAGCUUGCAAACACCAUUGGGCAAUAUGGCAAUGGAUUUAAGACUAGUACAAUGAGACUUGGAGCUGAUGUCAUUGUAUUCUCGCGUUGCCCUGGGAAAGAUGGAAAGAGCUCUACGCAGAGUAUCGGGCUCCUAUCAUAUACAUUUCUGAGGAGCACAGGAAAGGAGGACAUUGUUGUACCCAUGCUUGACUACGAAAGAAGAGACUCUGAAUGGAGUAAAUUAGGCAGGUCUUCCCUUAGUGAUUGGGAUAAAAAUGUGAAAACAAUAGUUCAAUGGUCGCCAUUCUCUAGCGAAGAAGAUCUUCUUCGUCAGUUUGAUCUAAUAAACGAUCGUGGCACACGGAUAAUCAUAUAUAACCUGUGGGAGGAUGACCAAGGGAUGUUGGAACUUGAUUUUGACUCUGAUCCGCAUGAUAUCCAACUUAGAGGCGUGAAUCGGGAUGAGAAAAGCAUCAAAAUGGCUUCUCAAUUUCCUAAUUCUAGGCACUUCCUAACGUACAAACACUCACUAAGGAGUUAUGUAUCAAUUCUCUACCUAAGAAUUCCACCUGGGUUUCGUAUCAUACUGCGAGGAACAGAUGUUGAGCACCACAACGUAGUGAAUGACAUGAUGCAGACUGAGCAGAUCACAUAUCGACCUCAGUAUGGUGUCGACACAUAUUCGAAGGAUUCAGAUAUGUCUGCCGUUGUUGUUAUCGGAUUUGUGAAGGACGCAAAACAUCAUGUUGAUGUUCAAGGCUUUAAUGUCUACCACAAAAAUCGACUCAUCAAGCCAUUUUGGAGGAUAUGGAACGCAGCAGGUAGUGAUGGUCGUGGGGUCAUAGGUGUUCUUGAAGCUAAUUUUGUGGAGCCUGCUCAUGAUAAGCAAGGGACCACCAACUGUCACAAAAUUGGCUAUGCACCCAGGCGAUACAAGCCUGGAAGUGGAAGCGGUUAUGGUUACAAAGAAUCAUCACCAGACCCUGACGGAUCUGAUCCAUCAGGGAUGAAAACUCGAGCUUCUGACAAGUACUAUUCAAGCUCAUAUCCGAAUUAUAACGGGAGCAAUGCAGGAUCAGGGAAAGAUGGUUCACUGUCAUUGCAAGAGGAGCUGCGACGUGAGAAAGAGCGUAGCAAGGCACUCGAAGCUGAGGUUAUUUCAGCAAGGGAACUAAUAGAAGAGAUGACCAAAGAGAAAAAUAAUCUAAUUGAGCUAUUCGCAGAGGAAAGAGACAGAAGCAAUGCAGGAUCAGGGAAAGAUGGUUCACUGUCAUUGCAAGAGGAGCUGCGACGUGAGAAAGAGCGUAGCAAGGCACUCGAAGCUGAGGUUAUUUCAGCAAGGGAACUAAUAGAAGAGAUGACCAAAGAGAAAAAUAAUCUAAUUGAGCUAUUCGCAGAGGAAAGAGACAGACGUGAUGGAGAGGAAGAAUGUCUGAGAAAUAAGCUAGAGGAGGCGUCCAACACCAUCGAUGAGCUGUUGAAUAAGAUUAAAACGCUGGAGGGAUCUAAAGGCCCGAGCUGGAGACGUUAA